GCAUGCGCGCUCGUACUCCUCCUCUCCCUGCGGAGCACGGCUGAGUCAGUCAGUCUGUCGGAGUCAGUCUUCCCAACAGGCUACGCCGGGUCCUUCGGAGAGCCAGCUGCUGGAUUAUUCUGUGUCCCCUCCCACUCUCCCGCCCCACGUCUCUCUUCACCCUUCUCCCGCCCUUGCUCCUGCAGCCAUGGCGGAGUCUUCAGCGGCCACUCAGUCCCCGUCAAUCUCCUCGUCGUCCUCCGGGGCCGAGCCGUCCCCGCUCGGCGGUGGCGGCGGGAGCCCUGGAGCCUGCCCCGCCCUGGGGGCGAAGAGCUGCGGUUCCUCGUGUGCGGUGCACGACCUGAUUUUCUGGCGAGAUGUGAAGAAGACUGGGCUCGUCUUCGGCACCACACUGAUCAUGCUGCUCUCUCUGGCAGCCUUCAGUGUUAUCAGUGUGGUCUCUUACCUCAUCCUGGCUCUUCUCUCUGUCACCAUCAGCUUCAGAGUCUAUAAGUCUGUCAUUCAAGCUGUACAGAAGUCAGAAGAAGGACAUCCAUUCAAGGCCUACUUGGAUGUGGACAUUACACUGUCUUCAGAAGCUUUCCACAACUACAUGAAUGCCGCAAUGGUGCAUGUCAACAAGGCCCUCAAACUCAUUAUUCGUCUUUUUCUGGUAGAAGAUUUGGUUGACUCCUUGAAGCUGGCUGUCUUCAUGUGGCUGAUGACCUACGUUGGUGCUGUUUUUAAUGGAAUUACUCUUCUGAUUCUCGCCGAGCUGCUUGUUUUCAGCGUCCCAAUUGUCUAUGAGAAGUAUAAGACGCAGAUUGACCACUAUGUUGGAAUUGCCCGGGAUCAGAGCAAGUCAAUUGUUGAAAAGAUCCAAGCAAAGCUUCCUGGAAUUGCCAAAAAAAAGGCAGAAUAAGCACAUGGAAGCCAGAAGUGCAACAGUUACUAAAACACCAUCUAACAGUUAUAACAUCGUCACUUGCUAUGAAGGAACUUGCUCAGUGUCAGCUAGAGUUUGGUUCCAAGUUGUUCUUUUUAAUUUGGUGUUCUCUCCCCUUCUCUCCCUUUACCCUCAGUACCAAGCACAAGACGUGUUAGACUGAAAAAAGAGCUGAUCUCUUAGAACCCUAAAGAAUAAAGAUUGAAUCAGAUUAGUAGAAUUAAUCAGACCAUAGUUGUGUGGAGCUUUACACGUACCGUAAAAGGGGAAAAAGAAAAACAUCUCUCUCUAGGGUCCUCUAUCCAGUUUCAGGGACUCGGAUACAGCUCCCAUUUAUAAUUUUGCCCUUAUGUUUAAGUUAGGAAAUAAUGAUUAACUUAUGAAUAAAUAGUCUGGGGCAAGAGUGGGAUUUCUUCCACUGGGUUUGGCCCUCCAGUCCCACCUUCCUUACACAUAAGCAGCUACUCUUACUGCUCCUCUUCUUCCUUAAUAAAAGAACUGUCAGCUCUGAAUAACUUACAGGUGAUAGAGGUAAUUCCCUAGUCCCCAAAUGCCACCUGAGAAAUAGAGGGGUGGGGAGCAGUCAGCAGCAGCAGCAGCCACCUCUCUGCUCUUCCUAGGGAAGGAAGGGCUCUGCCAGCUGGGAGGGCAGCGUGCAAGCAUUGGUCGGGGAUACCAGUGAGUGUUGGUUUGAGAAAUCAUUCCAGAAUGUGCUUGUCCCUCUUUUCCCUGCCCACUUUACCUCAAGUUUAAUAAAUAUGGUUGUACUUUUCUUAUUAUGAAAUAAAUGUCUGUAACUGCUGUACACUGCUAUAAACUUGUUAAAGAAAAAUAAUCUGCAUGUGGGCUCCCAGCCAUUGAAUUAUUGUAAUCCUAAUCUCAGUCUGUGGAGAAUGAGGUACAAGAACAUGAAAAGCCUUCCUUCUGUUUCUUCCCUGCUGCUUCCACCUGCCUGCGCUUUGCAGUGCUUUAGCCUGAGGACCAAAGCCCCACUGACUGCAAGUCCCCUGUGUGUUGUAGUCCAAAGGCCUUGGCUCAUAAAGGAGGUACCUUUCUAGAAGCAUGGCACGCAGCUGCUUUGAGUCAGUGCAGUUCUAAAAGGAUUUCCAUUCAGACAUAUUGAUGAAAUAGUUCCUACCAUGAUCCACAGUUCUCGUUGGAGAGUUUUCCAGAACGUUUAGGUUGUGGGUGG